AGGUCGAAAAGUUGCUGCAGGCUCUGGGACCUCAGACUCUUCCCGCCCCCCUCCCACCCAAUCCCCCACCGAUCGUUUCUUUCUCUUCCCUUCCCGCCUCGCGAGCGUCCAACAGGCAAACUGGCGCACCUCCUGCCAGCCCCUGCCAUGUACAGUCUCCUGGAGAGUGAGAUGAAAAGCCCGGUAGUCCAGGGGCCUCCGGCGGGAGCGGGCAGCACCGCAGCCCCCGGGGGCGCCGGCAAGAGCGGAGCGAACGCGGGAGGCGGGGGAGGGGGCGCCGGCAGCGGCGGCGGCGGCGGCGGCAGCAGUAGCGACCAGGACCGAGUGAAACGGCCCAUGAACGCUUUCAUGGUGUGGUCCCGGGGGCAGAGACGCAAGAUGGCCCUGGAGAACCCCAAGAUGCACAACUCGGAGAUCAGCAAGCGGCUGGGCGCCGACUGGAAGCUGCUGACAGACGCCGAGAAGCGGCCCUUCAUCGACGAGGCCAAGAGGCUGCGCGCCGUGCACAUGAAAGAGUACCCAGACUACAAAUACCGGCCCCGGCGGAAGACCAAGACGCUCCUGAAGAAGGACAAGUACUCCCUGCCCGGCAACCUGCUCCCCCCCGGCACCGCGGCCGUCAACAGCCCCGUCGGGGUGGGCCAGAGGCUGGACACGUACGCCCACAUGAACGGCUGGGCCAACGGGGCGUACUCGCUGAUGCCCGAGCAGCUCAGCUACACUCAGCACCCGGGCAUGAACAGCCCCCAGCUGCAGCAGAUGCACCGCUACGACAUGGCCGGCCUGCAGUACAGCCCCAUGAUGCCGGCCGCCCAGACCUACAUGAACGCCGCCGCCGCCGCCGCCGCCGCCUCGACCUACGGCGGCAUGUCUCCCGCCGCCGCGGCCGCCGCCUACGGCCAGCAGCCCGGCGCCGCCGCCGCCGCCGCCGCCGCCAUGAGCUUGGGCUCCAUGGGCUCCGUGGUGAAGUCGGAGCCCAGCUCCCCGCCGCCGCCCGCCAUCAGCGCCCACUCGCAGAGGGCUUGUCUGGGUGACCUGAGGGAUAUGAUCAGCAUGUACCUCCCGCCGGGGGGAGACGCCACAGACGCUUCGUCCCUGCAGGGCAGCCGAUUGCACAGCGUUCACCAACACUACCAAAGUGCCGGGACUGCGGUGAACGGCACCGUGCCACUGACUCAUAUCUGAGCCACCCGACCGGCCCAAAGCAAACCAGACGACGAGCCAGCAACCAUCCCUUGUGCCCUGCUCUUCACCUCCUCUCCCGCUGCAGCCUUGCCUUCCCGAGCAGCCUUCUCUGAAGUCGGGACUGCCUCCAGCUUCGCGUGCGUGGCCGAACCGAUCUGAACUAUCCAGUGACUUGGGGGAAAUACCGAGUAUCAGAUUUCUUUUCUAGUGCACAACUUUCCUCGCCCGCCGCCCCUCGCCCCUUCCCCUUCCCCCUCCUUUCCCCUUCCCCUUCCCCUAUGUUUGCUGGGCAUUUCUGUGAUGUUUGGAAAACAGCGAAGGCCUCCUCUUCCCCCUCCCCCUCCCUCUAGCUUAUCUAUCCGUAGUGCCAGUUCUUUGUGUUUAAUUCAAUAUCUCGCAUUGUCAGGUUUUGUUUUAGACGGGGAAUAAGUUGGGGAAGCAGGGAAACGGGGCCGACUGUUUACACUUGUUUAAAUAGUUCUCGCUUCCCCUAGUCUCGUUUAGCGUUCUAUCCCGAACAUUUUAGCGACUCGCUCCCCGUCUCCUCGCCUUGGGGUAAAAA